GCGAAGCCCUCUUCUCCUUUUUCAUCAUUUUCUCCUUCGAUAAACCCUGACUUUCUGAGUUCUCUGCACACAAGUUUGCAGAUCCCCAGAUCCGAUCCUUCCCAUUAACCAGCCCUCACCUCAGCUUCUGCUCCAAAGGCGAAGCCUUUUUGAUCCCAUGACAUCGAAAUUCACGAAACUCAGUGGUCAACUCGUCGACAAAUUCACCCGUGCGUCCAAAUUGCCUGCUCAUCAUACUGAUCUGGUCAAAACAGUUUCGAUUCUAAAAAACGAACUUUUAUCGACCGGUAACAGCAAGGAGAAGUUCGAGAGCGUUUUGGAUCAGAAAGGUCAAUGGUUACUUACAAGUUAUCGUGAUGGAGCUGGCAUCGUCGAGCUUAUGGAUCAACUCUUCCCCCUUCCUUACCUGGCUCUUCAGGUCUUAGAGUGGAGGAGGAGGAGACAGUUCGAUUGCUGUAUCCCUUUGACAUCGGAGGAGUACGCAAAAGGAAUCAAAGUCGCGGGUCGAGCCAAAGACAUAACCUUUGCAGUCUCUCUUUUCAAUGAAUCCGGUAAGAAACGAAGUCAGACGGCUUCGGUUUACAACGCUCUGAUGAGCGCUUACAUGUACAACGGCCUUGCCGAGGAAUGCCAGUCGGUUUUCAGAGAUUUCGUUAGGCAGACGCACUGUGCUCCGACCGUUUCGAGUUAUAAUAUUCUGAUAUCUGUCUACGGGAGAAGACUUAUGGUUAAGAACAUGGAAGCAGCUUUCCAAGAGAUGCGGAAACGAAAGCAGCUUUCUCUGAGUUCCAGUACUUAUAACUGUCUGAUUGCUGGUUAUGUGACUGCCUGGGAAUGGGGUAAAAUGGAAGCUGCGUUUCGAGAAAUGAAGACGGGUCAAGUUGAGCCAGACACCGAAACGUAUCUGCUGAUGCUUCGCGGGUAUGCGAACUCAGGGGAGUUGAGUAAGAUGGAGGAAAUGUAUGAAUCGGUUAAGGAUCAGGUUGGUGUAGACCGAGGUUCUUUGGUUAGAGCCAUGAUCUGUGCGUAUUGCAAGAAAGCUGUUGAGGGUAGAGUCGAGAAGAUUGAAAGUUUGUUGAGUCUUCUCUCUGGUGAGGAGUAUUAUCCUUGGUUGAAUGUGCUUUUGAUUCGACUCUAUGCUCAAGAAGACAUUCUUGAAUCGAUGGAGAGGAGGAUAGAGGAAGCGUUUGAGCGUAACACAUGUGUUAAUAAAUCUAGUAUCAUGAGGGCAAUCACUGCAGCUUACUUCAGGUGUAAUGAAGUUGACGGUCUUGUUAAAUUUGUUAAACGUGCCGAGUCUGCCGGGUGGAAACUAUGCAGAUCUCUCUACCACUGUAAGAUAAUGAUGUAUGGCUCGCAAAAACGCUUUGAAGAGAUGGAAGGUGUUGUAAAUGAGAUGAUGGGAGAGAGUAAUUAUGGGAUUGUUAUUAAAACGUUUGCGAUUAUGUGUAAGGCUUAUAAAAGUCACGGAAUGGAGUCAAAUGCUGAGAAAGUGAUGGGAAGGAUGGUGAAACAUGGGUAUCUACUACGUACUCCAAAAACACAUCUACCUCAACUUGCGUAAAGAAUACCGUCUGUUUUGGUUUUGUUCAGCGUCAUUACCAAAUGGUUAGUGCUGUUUCUGCCUUUGCACUGAUGGUAGCAGACCACGGUGUUCCGCUUGUUUCUUUUAUUUGGUAUAUCUGGCUGGAGAAGUAUGCCCCAUGACCCUUGAUAAAGAGAUGCUGUCUAGGCUCUGUCACCUGAGUUUUGGAAUGAGACUAGAACACGGUCAUCAUUAUCUCAGUAAGAGUUGUUCAUGUUGCCGGCAAGAUUUUCAAGUUUGAACAUGUUGGUGGAUGAGAACCUCAGUAAACCAAUAUCUCUUUGAGCGACGAAGAAGAGAGUCUAAAUUGUACUUAUUCGAUUGCCUGUGUAACAGCUAAUAGAUUGGAAGAACUGAGCUUCUCUUCAUAUUCUUGAGUAACUGGAGGCUCUGCCAAGUGGAGUUAUUUACCUCGAAAACCCUGAUAGACGGUGCAGCAUGUUUCUCUUUGUGCCAGCUCUCUCUCUCUCUGGGUAACAUAAGUUGACAUUUCCUGUUGUUGUUAGGCUACCAACAUUCAACACUCUCAUGUUCACAUCUUCUCUGUUGUUUUCCCUUGCGCUCUGUUUGUAAUUUAGAGGAAAACAGAGUGCUUAAUUACAAGGAUGUUUCAGUAUAGAGGCAACCUCAUAUCUAAUUGCAAAAUAUUCAGUUAUUUUAAUGAAUUAAGUCAUUAAGCUUUUUAGUC